AUGCUUGGCCAGCUUGACCCUUGGUGUCUCCUGGCACUAUUCAAGUCGUACCCGUUUCGCGGACUAUAUGUAUCCUAUUUCUGCUUUUGCCUCGUUGGUUUUGCCAUUUUCAUAUGCUUGCUGCAGGAUUUUGCCAUUACUGUCUCGACAUCCGACGUUUAUGUACAAACACAACCUUUGACAAACCCUAGGACACUAGCUAUGUUGUCAUUGUGUUAG